AUGGAUUUGACAGUGGACGAAUACAUAGAUGGCCUCUUUUCAAAAGAGGCAGCGCAACAGCCUUCGGAUACGAAGAAGCCCGAGGACUUAGAAAUAACUCUACCAGAAUGGUACGAUGAGACAAAGUUUAACCAAGCACGCCGCUUCUAUUGGGACAAUUGCUUUCAGUUCAGUUUUUCUAUGCUGCUGGGCCUCGUCGCGGUCUUCGCUGUUCCAUCAAUCCUCAAAGUCCUAAUCAGUACGAGAAGAUCCAACUCUGUGUACACGUCAUACAAACGCUACGUGUCUACAGUACUUCACACAGUAUCUUGGUUUGAGCACGAUUUGAAACCGGGCAGCACUUCAUGGAGAUCCUUGAAUGCAGUAAGAAUUCGACACGUGAAAGCCAGUCUAAGUGCCAAGUUAAAAGGCCAAGGAAUCGUGUCUCAGCGAGAUUUAGCAAUAACACAAUUCGGAUUUAUCGGCUUGGCGCUAAUAAAGCCCGACAAGUUCGGAAUACGGCAACUACAGGCUGGUGAUUGGGAGGCAUAUAACCACUUCUGGAGGACUAUAGGCCACGCUAUAGGGUUAGAAGAUAAAUACAACAUUUGCCGAGAAAAUUUCGAAGAGACGCGCGAAGUGUGUAGAAUACUCAAGGAACGAGUGUUCACACCGUGCCUAACAAAUGUACCUGAAUACUUCGAGCACAUGUCUCGUAUACUCCUGGACGCCAUGUGGUGUGUCAACCCCACGGUACACAUCGAGGGGCUGAUCUAUUGGACGAAGCAUGUAUUAGAUGUACCGGGCUAUAUUUACACCGAAACAGAGAGGAGAGACACGCAGAGCAAAAUAAGGAAAUUGUUGAAGGGUCAACCGGAGAAUAUCGGCGUGGAUGUCAACAAUCUAAUAUCGGAACCGCUGCUUGAAGAUUGUCCCCGAAGAUCGCGGCUCAUAUAUCUCCAAGAUUAUGAAAGCAUAGAAACCGUACCCGAAUACAAGAAGCUAGUAUUAGCGGGAAAAUAUAAAUUAGCCUUAAAUUACGUGAUAUCUGCGUUGUACACAACGUACAUUGGCCGGUGGUACUUCAAUUGGAACUUCAAAACGGCUGUAUUCUUCAUGAAAUACUUUCCUUUCUUGGCGUUCCCUAGGUUUGGUUACCUCGCUUCCUUCAUACAUGUCUUCAAGGAGGACCCGACAGAUAACGCAGAGGUGAAGCCCAAUUCGGAGUAUUACAAAGAGAAACCUCAACAGCAGCCUUGGUAUAGCAAAUACCUGCCAUUUUAG